CUUCAUCAUUCAAUCACCACCGCAACCAUGGCACCUGCAGCAUCCUCAGGUGGUAAGAAGCAGAAAAAGAAGUGGUCGAAAGGGAAAGUCAAGGACAAGGCCAACCACGCCGUGGUCUUGGACAAAGCCACCUCCGAUAAACUCAACAAAGACGUGCAAUCAUACCGACUCAUCACGGUUGCCGUCCUGGUCGACAGACUGAAGAUCAAUGGCUCGCUAGCACGGAAGGCGCUUGCCGACCUCGAGGAUCGGGGAGUGAUUCGCAAGGUCGUGGCACAUCACAGCGGUGGCAUCUACACGAGAGCGGCUGCUGGUGGUGACUAGAGGAUGAAGUGAAGGCCAAAUCGACAAGACAACUCAUUCAGUCAUCGCUUUGCUCGAUUGGAAUGCGACAACAGUAUCUACGGCGCUGAACAAUGGUCACAAACAUGCAUCUCGGAUGGUUCGAAUACGGUCAAAGAUGACUACGGAAGGAUACCGAGACAGUUGCAUAAUGCAAGUAUUCUGCAAAACGAAGCACUGGUCAACAUGACUGAAUUCAAUGGUCAAUACUGUUUCCAGCGUUGUGCCGAAACCGGACUCAGCACAAUCCUACCAUCUUGAAACGUUUACCAGCCAGAAGAAGAAGCUCAGGCUUAGUGCUGCCUCCGUCUAUGUGUUAUCUACCCAAGAUCGUGGCCUCAUACUUUGCUUUUGGCGUUACUAGUGAACUGGCUUUCCCGGCGCCUCAUCCGCAUCUCGUG